AUGUCUGCUCGACCAACGACGCCGAUGUCCCCAAAGACCGCCAAGGUCAAAUCGCCCCUCCCUGGCACACCAGUCUUUGGCUGCGAACACAUCCAGCGGCUGUUCACCCAGUCCACAGAGGGUAUUACCCAAUGUGUCCACCACUACAAGAUGAUCCUCAAGAACAUCUUUGAGCAGACGCCUGUUGUGCCGCAAACAUUCAAGAACUCUGACGGCCAGGUCAUGACGUCUCUCACAUCCAACUACCUCUGUCUACAAUGCUCCGCCAUUGUCAAUGAGGAUGAUCGUCUCAAGCACGGCACAAAGAAGCAGCAUCGCUUCUAUGUCGACUCAAGGAGUGGUGCCCUCUACUGCCAGAUCUGUGAUGACCUAGUUUGGGACCCCACUCUCGAGGAGCUUCGAGUUCGUAAGAUGGGAACAGGAACUUUUUCCAACCGUAAGAGAAAGCACGAUGAGAUGUUCUCAGAUGGCGUAAAGGACAGUUCUGCAAGCAACCCAGGCUUUAUAUCCAACAACACCACCACUGCCUCUUGCAAAGCCAAUGGUCUGCGCGGAAUCUACAAUGCCGGAGCAACAUGCUACCAGAAUGUGGUGCUGCAGAGCUUCCUCCACAACCCCCUCCUGCGCAACUUCUAUCUAAGCGACGGCCAUCAGAGCACCGAUUGCCAGCUGACAAACUGCCUCAGCUGUGCCAUGGACGACAUGUUCCAGGACUUCUAUGCUGUUGAGAAUACUAAUGGAUUCACGGCGGCUAGUAUUCUGUCUGGAUUCUGGAUCUCGGAGAAGAAGGCGUUUGAGAACCUCGUCACCACCAAGGAGCAGGAUGCCCAUGAGUUCUUCCAAUUCCUCGCCGAGGAGCUGCAUGAGCGCAAUGGAGAUGGCAAGCGUCCUGAGACUGGAAGCGAGCAUACAUGUAAUUGCAUCAUCCACCAGACAUUCUACGGCAAGCUCCAGACUGGCACUACUUGCCAGAACUGCGGAGGCGUCACCAACGCGGUUCAAUCCUUCCUGGACCUCAGUCUCGGACUGGAGAACCUCUCUCAUAGGAGAAAGAAGGGAGGCCAGAAGGUGCCCAGCCUGACUCUGCAGGAGUGCUUGGAUGAGGAAUACGUCAAGUCAGACAAGUGCGAGUAUCGGUGCCACAACUGCAGCUCGAUGCAGCAGGCCAAGAGAGCCACCAGCAUUAAGCGGCUGCCAAAUGUGCUCGCGAUACAGCUCAAGCGAUUUGAGUACAAGCAGGGCCGCCAUGACCGCGCAUCAAAGAUCGAGACGGUGGUUAACUUCCCCCUUCAGCUCAACAUGCUGCCAUAUACUACCAGAGGUAGAGGCGCGGACUCCAAAGAUGCCUUUGACCUCGGAAGAUCUUGCACGUACGACCUCCUUAGUGUGGUGGUCCACGUGGGCGAGAUCGACACGGGCCAUUAUGUAUCCUACUGCCGAGUAGGCGACCAGUGGUUCAAGUUCAACGACCACAAGGUUGAAAUGGCGUCAAAGUCAGACGUCAUGAGUGCUCAACCCUAUCUGCUCUUCUACAUUAUUCGUUCACUCUCGUAA